GAACAGUCCCUCUGAUCCUUCCCCCUAACAUCUGAAAUGUUAGCAUUUAUUUAAGCACGGUUAGCUGAAUAAUCUGUAAACAUGAUUUGGCGGAAAUCUGCUAGUUAGACACACUGGCUAGGUCAACAGUCUAGAAGUCUCUUCUCAAUGCCAGUACUACUGUAGUCUACUUCCGCUUCGUUGUCACUCCCCCUCCGCUCCUGGGUUGGCCGUGCCCAGCGUUCAGGCGUGAGACCACCAACUCUCAAACAGUACUACCGACUACACCCUGACGUUGUAAAUCCAGUUUGUUUUUAGCUGAAUUAGUCGCUGAAUGUUGGCCAGUCCGUAGCCACUGGACAUGGAGCGAGGAAGCGGGUUUUCAUUCAUGAAGUACGCAAUGGUAGCGUCUCUUGCGAUGGUUCUGCUGGCAUACUGGUUUCGACCUCCCCGGGUGUCAAGGCUGGAUAACCGACUGCACAUGGUGCUGUCCUCCCUGCUGCGAGCUGAAGGCAAAGUGGGAAUUAACAACGCCAGACCCAGGGUGGCGAUAGGUUUGGGGGGUUGUGUAGACAUUAUUGUGGAUGGGGUGACGUUACUCAAUAAGAUUGGCCUUCCGCCCACAGACCAGCCUCUUCAUCAUGACUACAUAGAGAACGCGGAUCAGCUGGCACAGAGCUUUGCUUAUUUCUUUGCCCCGGGUGCAGCAGCAGAGCGCUUUGUGAGUAACGACACCCUCUUCAGUCAGCUGGUAGAGGCAUCUCGUGAGUUGCCUGGCAACCGCUGGUCUGUGGGUGGCAAUGCCCCAGUGAUGGCUGGUCGCUUGGCAGUCGAGGGCUGCGACGUGUUGCUAGGAGGCAGCUUCAGUCCAGAAUUUGCUGAUGUUCUGUCCCAACACAUCACAGUCACAGGUAAUGUGGUGGAGGAACCUGAUAUCCACCUCAUCCUGGAAUAUCCGUCUGGAGCCUCCUGGGGCCAGUACACGGCCCGACGGGCCAACAGGUACAUUGUCCACAGUGAUGACCAUAACCCAUACCUGGCCUCACUGCAGGACUUUGCAGUAAAGCUGCAGGACUUCAACCCUGACCUGCUGGUGGUGGGCGGACUCCAGAUGAUGGACAGCUUCCCAUUCCAACAGGGUGAGCGGGAAGCCCUGCUCUCUCAGUUGGGCCAUCUCCUCUCUUCCUCCUCCCCUCGUACCGGAGUCCAUUUUGAGAUGGCCAGCUUCGUGGAUGAGGGUCUAAUGCAGGACCUGAUGCGUCUGGUCGUCCCCCACGCCGACUCCCUAGGGAUGAACGAGCAGGAGCUCCCCAACCUGCUGAGCCUGCUGAGAGGCACUAACGUCACGGUGCUUUCGGACCCCAACCCCCGCGUCGCCACCGUCCUCGACCAGAUGAGGGAGCUCUACCGGCUCGUGAACCAGCACUUUCGCCAAACCAACCCGGAUGGUCACGCAGACGCUACUGGCCGGCCGUUGACCCGGCUUCAUGUGCACACGCUGGCAUUCCAGGCCAUGAUCGUGACACAUGGCUCCCAGUGGAAGAACACCAUGUCAGCCGUGGCCAAGGCCUCACUCACCGCCAACCGCCACGUAUGUGGCUCGCCAGACAUCGACCCCAGCAAGGCUCGUCUCAUCAUGGAUGAGUCGUUCUCUAUCAGCCGUCAAGAAGGCAGCCAGCGGAUCCCUCUGGAGGAGACCCGGCCCGUCAGCUGCUGGGAUGAGGACAACUAUGAGAUCUGUGUGGCGCCUGUCCUGGUCUGUACGGAGGUCUACCAGACGGCCGGAGGAGGGGACAACAUCUCUGCCGCUGGGCUCGUGCUGCAGAUCUGAGCCAAACAUCAGCGAGGAACUGUCAAGGAGCCUUAUCUCAACAGUAACGCCCCACACCUGCAUGGGGGUACUGUCUUUGCUCCAGCCCUACUCCAAUACACCCAAUUCAACAAGGUUCUCAUGAGCACCUGAGAAUUAGGGCCGGAGCCAAACCAACAGACCUUUUCUCUGUCCAGAGGGGUGGUUCCCACCCAGUUGUAGCAGUACUAUUCCUUUAAUCCCGGCUUACUCUCUGUAGUGACACAGACUCCAAAGAAUUCCACAAUCUGUUUGCAGCCAGUUUGACAGACAGACAACCAUUUCCGAUAAUGUGAAGACUUUUAGCUUUGUUGUUUUAGGUUUGCAGAUCUGAUGUCCACUUGUAUGUGGUUUAAUGUGGUGUUUUCGGUACCAUAUAAAUGCAGGAUUCAGGGUGUCUGUGGCAUACACAAGCCUGCCGGCAUUCACUCUCCUUUACACCUUUGUUUCUCCUUUUACUUCUCACAAACCAGGCACAGUCUGCCCCUCCCCACACCCUCUUGGUUUUUCUUUUUCUUAUUCCCACAUGUAAUAAUGAUUCCAGACCGUUAGUGUCUUUAGAACGUCAUAUUGUCAUUCCAGUAGAAUAUUGAUUGCAGAUACUACCCGGGACAUUAUUUCUUCAACUUGUUGAAAAAUAUUUUUAUAAGGUUUUUUUAUGAAGUAAUUGGCAUUUUGACCAAUCAGAUUAGCUCUGAGAAAGAUCUGAUGUGAACAGGUCAGAUGUAUUAGUGGAGAAAACAUUCUGAAUUGCCCUGCCUGUGCCAACUCAGCAUUUCUGUCUGGUGUCAUGGUUAUUCUGUCUUCAUUCCAUUUUCUUCCAUGGAUCCACGCACACAAAAAUUAAUCUGUUCUGUUUUUUCAGCCCUUUUAUCCCAGUGUUUAAUGGUAUUUUUUGGUUUGAUGCUGUCCCUUUUUUUUGGUUGUUUUCUGGUUUGAUGUUAGUCCAAGUUGAUGCUUGGAGGCCUGGGAGCCUCGUGAGGUAUGUCUAGGUAACUAGUAGAAAAGGGAAUUUUAAUGUAAUUAAUGAAGUGCUGCCUGUUGUGUGAUCAGUCGGGCUUGUAUAAGCUGUCGGACUCUAAUGUUGUCACUUUCUUUACUCAGAUCGAUUCCUAAUGAUGGAUGACAGCAGGGAGGGUUUCUCAGUUUUAUAUCUGUAAUGUGAAACUGUUUGGCCUUUGAUAUGAGCUUGUAUUCUUGUCAGUACCACCUCACUUUACAAACACUUUCUGUAGCCAUUCAUUUUAUUGCCCCCACACGCAUCCAGGAAAUGUUCAACAUUGUUUUUAAAUUGGCCUGUGUAGGAACCUCAAUCUGAUUGGUGAAAUCCAGAUGGAGAGCUUUUGAAAACGGGUCCCACAUAGCUGCCUUUACACAUCGACUGUGAUCAGUUCUAUUGCCUAUUCUUCAAUAAAACAUCAGAUGUGGACUGAGUCAGCACGGACCCAAAACCAUGUAACCUGUGUGUUCCGGCUUGCCUAUACUUGGUUGUCUACAUACUUGUGUGUGCCAGGACGUGUUUGUGUGUGUGUGUUUUUGUGUGUGCGUUUGCGUGCCUGUGCAUGCGUGUUUUGCUUUAGCCAGCUGACAUGAAGUCUGCCUGAAGGAGUAACUCACCUGUGCUGUUCUUCCUGAGUCACUUGAGAGAAAUAAAGCACACAUUCCAUCUUAG